UGGACUGGACUCGCUUACGGUGGGCGGCAAUUCUUCUUCUUUAUAUACGCGCGCGCAUGCACACCCCAAUCAAUCUGCAUGACUCCGUCGCGCAGAUAAACCUAGUACUUAUACAUAUCAGAAACCUAGUACUACUCCUCCAGGAAAAAACCCUCGUCGAGAUCGACCGGCCCGGCGCGGCCAUGGAGAAGCCGCCGAUCCCGACCAUCAUAUCCACCGUCACCUACUGCUGCGGGGCGUGCGGGUACGACCUGAGGCUGAGCUCGCUGGCGCGGGCCGGCGCGGGCGCGGGCGCGAGGAGGCGGUGCGUGGGCGCGGCGGAGGUGGUGUUCGACGCCAUCGACGACGCGCGCUUCGGCCACCUGGAGGAGUUCCGGUGGCUCGACGUGCGCGCCUGCCUCCCCUUCUCGCGCCGGACACGGCUGCUCUGCCGCAAGUGCGGCGCCCGCCUCGGCUACGGCUACCACGACGCCGCCGCCGACGACCGCCCGCCCACCUACCACAUCAAGAUCCGGGCCCUCCGCCCCUCCCCCGAUCCCGAUCCCGAUCCCCCCGCUGCGCCGUCCGAUCCGUGAUCCGAGGUUGAUUGCCUCCCGUGUUAAUUCUUUGGUUGCCUCCGUCUCUUUCUCCUUUUCCCUCCAAUCUCCUCCAAAAGUCCAAAGCCGGUAAGCGCUUUGAUUGGACCCCAGGGAAGGAAGGAAUGCAUGCAUGCAGAGCCUGGUUGGUUGAUUGGGAUCCGAUUUUGCUUUGUGGUAUUUUUAACCGGAAUUAUUGGCCUUGACUUGGCUGCGUUGUGGAACGGAAAGUCAAAAGUUGUGUACGUACUGUUACAGUCUGAACCUCCAAUGCUGCUGGUGGCGACACUGACCGCGUGUUGUGUAGGGGGGAGGAUCGCCAGCAGCACCUGUCAAAGCCGGCAUCAAUCGUAGUACUACUUAAUAA